AUGGACGGUGAACGCUACCCGGAAGAUCGCCGCCAGCUAAGGUACGAGCUUGAUCUAAACAGCUGGAAUCUACGAAUCUGGGGUGUUGCAGCAUCUGGAUUCCUAACAGACUCGUACAACCUUUUUUCAACCAAUGUCAUUCUGGCAUCCAUAUCUUUCGUAUAUUUCCCUCAUGAUCGAUAUCCCGGACUGCUCAUCAACCUGAUUACCCUUCUUGGAUCAGUGGUUGGGCAGCUUCUCUUCGGCUACCUUGCUGACAGAUACGGCCGAACCCGGCUAUAUGGAAUCGAGCUAGUUCUGGUUAUUGUAUCGACUAUAGGGGUAGCCACCAGUAGUUUUGGUUACAAUGAUCUGUCCUUUCUUGCCCUGUUCACAUGGUGGCGAUUCGUCAUGGGCAUAGGUAUCGGCGCAGAAUACCCUCUUUCUGCAGUAAUAACUUCCGAAUGGGCCAGUACACAAUCGAGAGCAACCAUGCUCGCUUCUGUUUUCCUGAUGCAACCUGUCGGCCAAGCCCUUGCUCAGCUGGUAGGCCUCUGGGUCUUGUUGGGUCGCGAGAGGGAAUAUGGCCUGCAGGCCAUGCAAUGUGGAAUCAACACACUACAUGAAGCAGAGUGUAAAAAGAUCGUGGACGGCAUCUGGCGAAUUGUGAUCGGUUCAGGUGCUGUCCCAGCGUUACUUGCCAUCAUCUUCCGCUUCUUCCUCUACGACUGCGGCUUAUACCAACUUGAGGUCAAACACAAGCCAGGAAUCGCUCUGAGAGAUACCCGCAGAAUCUAUGUUGCACCUGAAACUCGAAAUGGCAUCGCCUUGGGUUCGCCGGGGGCAACACAGGUUCAGUCGCCUCAAGAAAAGCCUAUUCAGUUUUCCAAGGAAGAUAUUUAUCAUUACUUUGUUCGUGAUGGGAAUUGGUACUACCUACUCGGGACCGCGAUGACCUGGUUUAUACUGGAUGUUGGGUUUUAUGGUUUCUCUUUGGAUAAUAGAGGUACAUUGGCCGAUAUAUGGGCGGUAACUCAGCAUACGCCGUUGGACUCACGGUUGUCUUGCUGGAAUUCGACACUUGACGGCGGCAACUCGACCGUCCCGGACUGGAAAGUGCUAGGAUUUCCCAAGUGGGCAACCGAUCAGACACUCCCAUGCAACACGAUCUACGACGUGCUCCUCGAACAGGCCAAACAGUACCUUCUCACAGUCUCCAUCAGCUCCAUCGCGGGUAGCUUAUGCUUCAUCUUUUUUGCCAACAAAAUACCCCGCAAACAGUGGCUGACUAUCUCCUUCAUCGUUCUCGCUGGCCUCUUCAUCAUCACUGGAGGCGUUUACUAUGGCGUAGCUUACACCCCAGGAGCCCCAGCUACCGUGACGCUCGUGGCAAUAUGCCACUUUGCCUUCAACUUUGGCGCCAAUACCCUAACUUUCAUCAUACCUGCCGAGAUCUUCCCAACGUGUUAUCGAUGCACCUGUCAUGGCAUAUCGGCUGCUUCAGGGAAGAUAGGGUCCAUCGUCGCUCUGUUGGUCGUGUAUGGAAUUAACAGUGGAUACACGAGCUCUACCCGACAAGGUCUCAUCUUCAUACUGUUCGGUUCCGUGCUCGCAUUCGGCGCUAUUUACUCCUGGGCGUACUUGCCAGACGUUCAGAGGCUUGUCUAUGACGAAGAUGGCAAGAAAACUCUGGAGGCGAAGGAUCUGGAGGAGCUCGGAGAAGGGCAUGAAAAGGCACGGCUCGAAGGUGAGGUCGUCACGGUUCGGCAGAAAGUGAAUGAUAUCAGACGACGAAGGAAGGAAAAACGAGAACUACAUCCUCAUAUCGACCAGGGUCCGCAUGAGGUUUGA